AUACAAUAAGUUCGAGGAUAUGGGAUGCUUUUUGUCAACGUCCAAGGAUACGGUUGGAAAUAGAAGGAGACCAGGAAAUAUUGGAGAUGUUUCUGUUUAUGUACCUGGUUUACGAAUUCCUAUACCUGUUGAUUUCUCUCAAUCACUUGGUGACAACUUGUCGAAGAAUUUGGUGGAGCGUUUAUCUGCUCUAAGAACACGUAUAGUUGUCAUGGCAGCCCAAGAAGGACCAACAGUUUCAAGAACAAGAAGAAAAAGUGCUACACAACAUGGAGGUUCAACAUUGGCUGAUCUUCAUCAGGCUCUCGAAGAUUACUUGCCUGUACUUAUGGGAUUAGUAAAAGAUGGAAACCAUCUACAACACAAAGUACAGUUUGUUUGGAUAAACCAGGAGGAUGAAGCAGAGGAAACAGCCAUUUCUAAUGCUUGGUAUGAAGUGUUGUCAGUCUUGCACUUGAUGGCAACGUUAUCAUUAUCACAGGCCAACUUAUUGCUUCUUCCAAGAACAUCUUCUGAUGGUUAUCAGCCAAAAGUAUCUGAAGAAAGCAGGCGAGCUUCAAUUGACAUCUUCUUGAAGGCAGCAGGAUACCUAGAUUGCGCUGUCCGACAUGUUCUGCCACAGUUAUCUUCUGAACUCAGGAGGGACUUACCAGUAGACCUUGCAGAAGGAGUUCUCCGAGCACUUUGCCUCCAAGCAUUAGGGCAG